GAUCGCAGUCUUUCGUAAAGGCGCAGUUGAGCUCAUCUCAGAACUCAGUUCCUUGUUCACCAAAAAUGCCAUUUCCUCUCUUUGUUACCUUCUUUAUUCAAAGGCAAUGCAUCUAAUCAUGUGCAAAGGAAUUUUCAUUUAUUUGUUUAGUAUUUCAUUGUUAAUUAGUUUUGUACCACAAAUAAUCAGUUGAAUUUUCAAGUUUAGUCUGAGGUUUAAUAUCCAAUUCAAAUCUCGCGUUGAUAGGGAAGAGUGGAAGGGGUAAAAUGGCCCGCCUAACUCCGGAAAUUGAUGUGAAUUUGAAUUUACCUAUAAUAAAACAACUGGAACUAAAAAAUAUAUUUACUGUUUUGGAUUUUCUGGAGGAGGAUGCCGAUAGAUUAUGCACGAUUACGGGACUCGUUUACAAGAAUAUCAUUGAAAUUCGAAGGCAAAUUCUAUCCAAAUUCAGUGCAAAAAGCAAUAAUGGAUUGGAAUGCUACAAGAAAAUGCUUGUUAUGACGGCUAAAAUCAACACAGGAAUAAAGAAGCUUGAUGAUUUACUGGAAGGGGGUAUGUUGACUGGAAACAUCUAUGAAAUAUGUGGUCUGUCAGGAAUCGGAAAAACUCAACUUUGUUUCACAAUUGCUUCACAUGUCACUACAAAUUUAAAACAGCCAGUAUACUAUGUGGACACGAAGCAUGACUUCUCCAGCCAACGAAUUUUGCAAAUAAUGAGAACCCACCACUUCAACGAUAUGGAAAUCCAAGCAGCAAUGGAAAACCUAAAAGUGACAAGAGUGAACGAUAUUUAUGAGAUGAUCACGUUCCUACAUUCUCUGGGAUCAAUGCUUGAGAAUAUGCCAUGCCGACUGAUCAUAGUGGAUUCCAUCACUGCACUAUUCACACCGUUCUUGAACGAACAAAGAAAUGACGGUCUUGGUCUUUUGAACCAUGUGGCCGCCACAAUGAAGAGAAUAUCGGUCACCUACCAGACGGUAUUUGUGACAGUAAAUCUGGCGACCAGUUUCAUAGACAACGAUGACUUGGAUGGCCAGCAGACAGCCGACGUGUGCUGGUACGGCGACAUUCGGCCCAAACUGGGCAAAGCGUGGAUGCAUAUGCCAGCCAGCCGUCUGCUCAUGCAUAGAGAAUCAAGCAUGCCAGACCACGAGAGAAUCGUCACUCUUAUCAAAUCCACUGACCUCCAGUUGGCCAAGAAAUGUGUGCUGAAAGUUACUAGCAGUGGACUGGAGGGUUAAACCAUAGAAGGCAUAUUUUUUACUCCAUGGUUAAACUCUUGUCAUUCCAAGAUAAUUAAAUGGCUGUGAUGUAUUCGAAAGUACAAGAUGGAUUAAUAAAUGGUCAUCACCCGCAACAAAAGAAAUAUUUUUGCUGGACUGUAAGUGUUCUAAUUGAAAAUCAUUUAAGCCUUGUAUGGAAAUCAAAUCGCAUUAAGAAUUAUAAAUGAGGAGUCAUGCGAUAUUUAUAUUAUGUAUUCAAUUAAUUGUCAAAAAACAAGAAUAUAAGUAUUAUUUCUCCCAAGGAUUUUCGUCAAAUUAAUUGUAUACCGUACCAGAAUACUAUGUCUUCAAUUCUAUUGAAAAUGUAGAAUAUUAGGCUACAGUAACUAGAUAUUAAAAUAAUUCAAUAGUUUUUUUAAAGGAGAAUAGAAUUACAAUUGUGAAUGAUUGAUUAAAUUAAUAAAUACAUCCAUGUUCUUUCAAUUUUAUAUGAUCUUUCGGUAUUCAAUGAGAAUAAGAAUUUGUUAAUAUUAUUGUAUUGAAAAAAGGCUGCUAAUGCCUAUAAAAAUAGUUAUUCAUAAAAACACA